ACACCCUAUCUAUACGCCUUCACAAUACACUUGCGCGUACGCAACACUACAUUGAUAUCAUCCUAAAACAAAAAGAGACCCCUACGAAUCCUCCACCAACACCUACCUACACACAGCCAAAAUGGGUAUCGUCGUGUCGUGUCUUCAAGCCAUUGGUGACUGUAUCAUGACAGUCAUCAACGCCAUCGCCGGCGUGAUCAUGAGCAUCAUUAACGGUGUCGUCGCCGUCCUGGCAGCCAUUGUCCGGUUCCUGACUUGCGGCUACUGUGGCUCGCGCCGAAGCGGGGGAACUACUGGAGGCACCACAUCCGGAAGAAGACGGUUCGGGAAGAGACAUGGUGGGGUCAGUCGCGUCUAGGGCGGACCGACGCGAUGAGACGAAGAGGUUCUCCCAGUGAUGGGAAGGACGAUGAGCAGUGGGAUGUUGGCGAAUAGUAGAGGAGGACGAGUCUCAUGAAUGACGAUCAAUUUGCGAUGCGAAGUGGAUCGUGAGAGGAAUGCGCCGCAUUACCAGAUACCCUUAUUCCCCUUUUUUGGUUUUUGCUGUAAUAUUUUCUUUUGUUUUGAGAGGCGCUCUAGCCUGCACCGAAGUGUAAGGCAUAGUCUUGAUUGCAGGAAUGAAUUUCGUUGUAUGCAAUGAACUUUGAACGAGAAUUUGUCUCUG